AUUACUCAUGAGAGAUUUUUUACUACUGUCUGUCUCGGAUCCCCACCAAAGUCAAGAGAACACACAGCACUAGGAAGAACCUUCAAGUGGCACCUUUUGAGCCAUUGCAGUGUCAGCAACAAUCAGAAGAAAAUGCAAAAAUUCAUCUCAAUAGCUCAGAAUGCAUGGGAAAUUUUUAUAUCUGAAAGGAAGCCUGGCUGGAAGUAUCAGAUGCAGCUUUUUGCAGUUUGCUCUGCAGUUGGCUUCCUCUCCAGCUUUCUGCUCUUCCUUAGCAUGCACUUCUCCUUGGCACACCAUUCCUUGGGGCCCUUACUGAUUUCUGGAUUCAUCUGGGUUUUGUUUUCUAUCAUGCUCUUUUGUUUCAAGCACCUGCGCUGUUUCAGUGUUCUGUUCCUCCUUUCUUGUGGACUGAAAAAUGGCAGGGAUGCUCUUAUUACUGCUGGCACAGGUGUUGUUGUGGCCAGCAACAUUCAAAAUAUUUUUCACAAUCUAAAGGUUCUGGCAGACAGUAUAACCUGUCAUUUAAAGCAGGAGCAAUUCGCCUUGAUAAAAUAUUAUAUUGAGGCAAUAAAAUGGAUUUAUGAGGUGGCCAACCUUCCUGCUGAGGAACUUAAAGAUAUAGUGAUCCUAAAGCAUGAAUUCACACCAUCCUAUUCAAUUUUAGAUGAUGCAUUAAAACAAGAGCUAAAUGACACAGAGCAAGAAAUCCAGAGAAUUGCUAACCAGAUAUCUUUUAUGUUGACUAUACUGCCCUAUAUAGGUCAGAAAAUAUUGCCUGUAUUUGGGGUUUUUCUAGUUUCUUUUGGAACUGGACUCUUUAUCAAAAAAUUUGUGGGUUCUCAUAGUACCAAAUUUAAGAAUGCUUAUAUCACAAAACAGUUCAUUGCAUUUGAUGAGCAGCAAAAGCAACAGCAAAGACCCUGUCUUCUGCCACUUAACAGAAAAGAGAGGAAAGAUUAUGUGAUGAUCCCAUCCUUCUUCUUCACAAGAAAGGACAGGAAAAAAAUGCUGCGUUAUUUUCUCCCUAUAAUUAUUCAUCUUUGCAUCUGGCUUCUGUUUGCUGCAGUAGACUCUUUGUUUUAUUUGUUAAUUAUUUCUGUGAACAAAUAUCUCCAAGAAGUACCGGAUCUAGACAUUCAACUCAGACUCUCUCAGAAUAAGAAUGAGAAAAGCUAUAUAAUUUCUAUGAAAGAGCAUAUUGCCAAGACUGAUUCUUUCAAGAUCCCUUUGGUUAAGCAAAACUGCAUCCCUCAUCCCGAGCUUGCUCUCUCUACAACAUGGAUUCAGCUUGGAGUCAUCAUCUUCUUCUUAGUAAUUUUUGGGUUAUUCUCUGGCCUCCUGACCCAACUUAAAAUAUUUGUGUCAACUUCCUUUUAUCCUGAUACUGAGAUGAAACGGAUACAUUAUUUACAUGCAAAAUUACUCAAAAAAAGAAAAAAGCUACAAGAGAAAACUGAGAAGAACAUGUUUGCAAGAACGGUCAACUUUUGGUUUCCAAUACUCAAGGCAAGAGAGGCAGUGAGGAAGAAAGAAAGGAGUGUAGCAGAAUGACAGGAUGAUGUGAAAGAGACCAAGUGAAUCUUUGGAUAUGGCUGAGAUGCUUUAGCUCCACCUGUGUUUUGCAUCAUUUUUCCUAUAGAAUGUCAAUUGUAAAAUGUAAAAAUUUCACACUCAAAGGCUGUGUAGCAGUAUUUUGGAAAAGAGGCCAUUGUGGAUAGUGUGCAGUUCAUCACAGAUUGCUCUGCACUGCAUUAACAGUUGUUUUUCAGCUUGGGGUUUGCAUUAUCUGGUACUUGAGAAAAUCAUGGAUGAUCUGUAAUUCUGUCUAAAGCAAUAAAAUAGUUUGGACCUUUUAGAUCUACACCAGAAACCUCUUUGGACUGAGCUAACAGAGAAUGUAGUGACAGCAGCAGGUUUGUCUUCUUCAGGUUUGCCAGACACUGAAGAUAGAAGACACAGCAGAGGCUGUGCAUCCAUUGCCUUCUGGAAUGGCCAAGAACUGGGACUUAGAUGUUUCUAGACAUUUUUAUCCAUUUCUCAAGCCUCAAGCCCUUCGGCCUGGAUCUUCGCCAUCCCUAGUUUCUAGUCUCCUAUCUAGUCUCCCACCCAGAAUUCCUUACUUGGUCUUAGUCCCCAGUUCCACAUAUCUACAGACUGCAUCAUUAGUGCAGAUUGUUCAAUGCCUUUGGUAAUCAUGAGAGGUGAUUACCAAAUGUGUUGAUUUGACCAGGAAGAAGUGGGAAUUCUGGGAUGCUGUGGUCAAACCAAUGGGUGCUCAGAUUUUGAUAUUGGCACCUGAUGUGGCCAGUGGGGUUUGGACACACCUCUGAGAACACACAGGGGUUAAAAACCAAACCUGCAGCCCUCAGAAGCUCUCUUGGGACUUCGAGGCAAGGAGGUUGGAUCUUUUUCCCCCGUCCAGCUGCUGCUGCUGGGCAGGGGAGGGGCAGCCCUGCGGUAGGCCUGGACCUGGACAGAGAUGGGGGGUGAGGAGGCCCUUGAGGAUGGAAGGGUGGAGGAGCCCCAAGAGACAUCAGGCAGCCACCCCCCUCUCCCCAGGAGAGAGAGAGGGAGGGCCGGCGACGGAAUGUGAUAGCGGCCGGCCAAGGAGGAGAAGGGGGGAGUGCGGCGAGAAGGUGCCCGGCAGGGCAGCAUGGGAGUGCUGGAGCUCUGGGACAGGCAGAGACUGAAAUUUUUAACCCUUUCCUUACAUGAUUGAGACCUUGCAAAAUGUUGAUCCUCCUGGAGCUGGAUAAGAAGAGAGAUAAGAGAUGACAUAACAAGGACUAGGCCCGAGGGAAGUGGAGAAGACUGGCUGAGUGGGGGGACAGAUGAUGGAGUGGCCUUUUGGCUGGACUUUUCUUGUGUGGCCAUAGACUGAACCAUUUUUAUUCCUGUGACACAGAGACUGCAUUUAGGGGGAGGCAGUGCCUCAGAACUGGGAGGGUUCAUUGUGGGUACCCCUCGGCUCCAGGGGGUGAAAAAAAUGGGGGGGACAGAUGUCCCGAAGGAGAGACUGUGCCUUUUUGGAGUGAGAAAAGGCAUCCUUAAAAGACAAGCCUAAAAGCAGCUCUGGUCCAUGCACAGUGGUGAGAGCACUGGGCAUGGAAGGAAGAUGUCAUGAUGGCAAAGGACUUUCCAGGUGGUGCUGAGUGACAUGGAAGCACACGAGGUUUCAGCGCGUUUCCAGGGGUAGCCUAUGGUGCAAGGACUACUUUCCUCUUCAUGAACUGAGGAUUGAGUAUUCUAAAGGGUGGUGCUGGACUGAGAGUUGGUGAUUUGGGGGAAUGUAUUGCAUUGGGAAAUUUUGGUGGGGGGGGAGGAAG